AUGCUUGCCUGCUUGCUGGUGCACUUCCUGUUGACGGAGGAGACCAGCAGCGACUCGGCGGGCUCGCUGGAGCAGCUGGACCUGCUGUUCGAGAAGGAGCAGGGGGUGGUGCGCAAGGCCGGCUGGCUCUGCUUCAAGCCCCUCGUCACGCUGCCCAAGGAGAGGAAGCUGGAGCUGGCCCCGCGCAGGAAGUGGAAGCAGUACUGGGUGACCUUGAAAGGUUGCACACUCCUGUUUUAUGAAACCUAUGGCAAGAAUUCGAUGGAACAAGACUUAUCUCCUCGCUACGCUUUGUUUGCUGAAGAUAGCAUAGUACAGUCUGUCCCCGAACAUCCCAAGAAAGAGAACGUGUUCUGCCUAAGUAAUACCUUCGGGGAUGUCUACCUCUUUCAGGCCACGAGCCAGACCGACCUGGAGAACUGGGUCACCGCCAUCCACUCGGCCAGCGCGUCGCUCUUCGCCAAGAGGCAGGGGAAGGAGGACACGGUGCGGCUGCUGCGGAGCCAGACCCGCAGCCUGGCGCAGAAGAUCGACAUGGACGGCAAGAUGAAGAAGAUGGCGGAGCUCCAGCUGUCCAUCGUCAGCGACCCGAAGAACCGGAAGGCCAUCGAGAACCAGAUCCAGCAGUGGGAGCAGAACCUGGAGAAGUUUAACAUGGACUUGUUUCGAAUGCGCUGCUACUUGGCAAGUCUGCAAGGGGGAGAGCUUCCCAAUCCCAAGAGCCUCCUGGCAGCUGCCAGCCGGCCCUCCAAGGUGGCUCUCAGUAGGCUGGGCAUCUUCUCCGUCUCCUCCUUCCACGCUUUGAUCUGCUCGCGGGACGAGGCGAUGCUUCGGAAGAGAUCUCUGUCCCUGUCCCAGCGGGUCCGCAGCAAGAGGGGGCUCUUCUCCUCCCUCAAAGGACUGGACAGCCUCACCAAGCGGGGCAAGGAGAAGAGGCCGUCUGUGUCGCAGAUUUUUGAAAAUAAUGCUGGAGGACAAAUAAGCCACCUUCCCUUGACUCCAAGUAGCUGUGAGAGAUUAGAUGGCUCAGCCAGUCUGCAUUGCACAGCACCCCUAGAGAGCAGCCACUGGGACACUGCUUUGGAAACUCCAGUCUACAUCUACAUGCCUGACAACCAAGCCGUCACAGUGCCUAUAAAACAGGACCACAUGGUUGUGGAUGUGCUUUCCCUUGCAUGUAAGAAGAAGCAACUAGACCCAGGCAGGCACUGUCUGCGCCUUCGGAGAACAGUGGGGCAGAACGUAGAGCUCAGCACCCCCGCGUCCAACGAGUUCAUCCAGGACCUGGUGUAUGAUGAAUUAGAAAUUAUACCUCUGAAUCUUUACCAGUUGCUCCUGUCCAGGUCUCCAAGUACAGUGGACUUUGGAUUUGCGGUCACUGGUCAUGUGGACGGGUUCAGGAACAGCCGGAUAUUCGUCAGUGAAGUGCUUCCCGAUGGAGUGGCAUCCAGCGAAGGGCUGCGGCCGGGGGACGAGAUCCUGGUGCUCAACGGAAGGAGCGUGUCGACCCUGGACCUGGGGCUGAUCCAGACUCUGUUCAGCGAGCAGGCGCUGAACAUGACCCUUCGGAGAGAUUCCCCCUCAGGCCUGUGGCAGGGAUCCGCCUGGCCUGCGGCCGAGACCAGGGACCCAGCCCCGCCCUUUCCUCCCCCGGGUCAGUUCCUGGAGGACCUGCUUGAGAGCCACACCACACCGCCCUCUGCCGGUGUUGGCGGUAUCCACGAUGGCUCUGGCACUGAUGUAGGAAGCUCCGCUGACGAUGCUCAGCUGCAUCUUUCUCCUGGAGCGCAGGGGGGAGAACAGCUUGUGGCCGGGAUGGCGGGGAUCCCGAAUGAUGCAUCGGGCUUUAUUGCCACAGCGGAUGGUGUGAAUCUCGCCAACUGA